AUGAGCCCGCUUAGUCAAGCGGACAUUGACAGAUUCUUCAGUACGAGCUCGCCACGCUCGAGACCACGACCCAGACCGAGACCACCACGCGCCUCACGCUCGUCACCGCCACCCGUGUCCAUAGUCGUCCACGACUCGGACGACGAUAUUGUUGCGUUACCCAGUGAACCAAACGCCUUGCCGCGUCCGGCGCGUCCCUCGUUCCCAAACAAGUUUCCAAGUCUCGCCAGCGACGAAAGCGCCGAAAACAGCGACUCGGAUAUCCGGGCUGUUCGCCUCAGCCCCAAGCGCAAGGCUUGGCGCGCCACCACUCGACGCGUCGUGAGCGACGAUGAUGACGAGGACACUCUGCCCAUCAGUGGCAAGCGUAAGGCCGCGAGCAGCUCUGAAAGCGAGUCUGAGGCGGGGCUGCGAAACGGCGUGAAGAACCGCCAUCCACGCGCUCGCGACCCAGGUUCCGGAAGGUCUGGUGACGAGGAACCUUGGCCUUCUCGGCGCCUCACGCGUGCACAGCGGCGGAGGCGCGACUCCGACAGUGGCUCCCCGAGCGAGCGGCCCGCCAGGCGGCGGAGGCGGAGCAGUGCCAAGCACACGCGUCUCGACCCAGACGAGGAGAGUAAUGAAGCGGCGACGGAGGAGGAGAGUGCCGACGAGAUUGAGCUCGAUGAGCCAGAACGAUUUGUGACGGCCACGAGACUGCGCACCCGCGGCGAAACGGCGCAGCAGCGCAUGCUGCGCAAGCUCAAAAACCGACGCCUGAACUUGCCGUCGUCGGAUGACGAGGAGGAGGAGAGCGAGGGGCCUAGCGGGGCGUGGGAGUAUGUGCGAGACGAUGACGACGGGUUCAUCUCAGAGGACGACGGGUUCGACGAGAGACUCAUGCCGUCCGAGUUCUCGCUUGGCUACGCCCAGAGCCAGGAGUACAAGUUCAAGGUCAUGUUCCAGUACCUUCUCCUGCUCGUGAUCCAUGGCCCGGACGUGCUGCCCCUUCGCGGCGCACAGAAGGAGUACAUGGCGCCUGUAGGCGAGCUGCGCUCUUACAUUCGUGGCAUCCGCAACUUGCGCGUGCGCUCGCAGAUCUGGCGUCCCGAGUUUGUCAAGGCGCUCGAGACCUACCCCAAGUUCCUGGUGUCGAGUCGAGCCGAGAUUGCGCGUUACUGCCACGCGUGUAACCGCCGGAACCAGCACUGCUGGCAGUCUGUGUAUCUGACGGGAACCCAAUACGACCCUGAGUCCCACGAUGAGGUCGAGGGCCAUACCGGCAAUGAGGGUGAUGACGAUGAUGAUGACGAUGACGAAGACGGGGACGGGGAGAAACUACCCCGCAACUUUGACAUGGGGCCCCACUGCCUCGAUUCUGCGCGCCUAUACCACGCCCUCUCUCACUGGGAGCACCACCUCUUCCGCCGCAUCCGUGGCCUGUACCGCGAACUCCUGAGGGCCAAGGGCGUCGAUGUUGAUGACAACGACGACAGCGACAGUGACGGUGAUGUCGAUGAUGCCGAACUCUUCACCUCUGUGGCGGAGCGCGUGGCUGAGCUCCGCCGCACACAGCUGCCAGAUGAGCAUGACGUGAAUGCCGUACUCGAGUGGAUGGAGGGGCGGGAAUACCAAACCAAAGCAUUCGAGCACUUUACUGGUCUCGAGCAGAAGGCACGCAUGCUGGGCGGCGACGACAUGUUGCGCGAAACUGGCCCAGACCAUUACUAG